ACUACCAUGCGAUUGGCCCAGCCACUAGGUUUGCGAAACCGUAAGGCAGAUAUUGAAACGCGAUGCAAGUGUUGCUGCUCCGUAACGAGUUCUAUAAGAGCGAAGAAGAAUAAUGGCAAAAAUAGUAUUCAGACUUCCACGUGUGUUACCCUGUGUUUCCAUUUCUUUACAGUUGCUAGUAUUUUGAGGAGAUUUAGAACGUCGAAGCGUCAAGAUGUCGCUCACGUUCACUCAUCGCAGUAGAGUAGGCUCUGCGUUGCUUACCUUUACCGGGAGCGCUCGCUACAUCAGCUCAACAAGCCAUCUCAAUCCAGCGGAAUUCCGCCUCUUUUGUGAACAUAUCGAAUCGAAAUCUCGCCUACCGCCUAAACCGAUCUCGCAGAAGUUUCCUCUUCUACAGUUCCUCCAACCGCAAAUCCACUGCCCUGAAUCCUCAGCUUGGGUUGCGCUUGAGAACAAUAAUCAUCAAAAUUGUUUGCUGCGUGACAGCGUCCUUAAAGUCGUGUCCUGGAACAUUGAUUGGUUCAGUCCCAGUCCACUAGAUCGCGCUUCAGCAGCGUUAGGCCAUCUGGAGGAACAUUUUGGAACAGUACCAGGCAACCUUGUUGUAAUGCUCCAAGAAGUCUGUCACGAAUCUCUUCAGGCCAUCCUGGAGAACUCAUGGGUUCAAUAGAACUUUGUCCUUACCAACGUGGUAUCUCCCAACUCUCUCU